UUUAAGGUUAUCUAAGUAUUUUGAUGUUUAGUGGCUUAAUUUUAAAAGUUGUAAAAUUGACUUAUUUAAUUUACUUAUCUAUAAAUAGUAGUUAUUUUAAAGGUUAAAUUUUAAUGUAGAAAAUGGAUUUAUUUAUUAUUAACAGAUAUACAGGUUCUAAUGAAGAAUCAGAACUUUUAGAUCAGGAAACAUUACAUUUACAAAGAUUGAAACAGAAAAUUGAAGAAAGGAAAAGAAAAAGUAUUUUAAAUAAAAAGAUACCAGAAACUAUAACUUUAAAAGAAGAAGAUGUAUCAACUAAAUCAGAUAGUAUUGAAAUAAAUAGCACCCACAACGAAAAAGAAGAUCUAGAAAAUAAAAAUGAAAAAGACGAAGCAUUGCCCAGUGAUAUACCAUCAAAACUUAGCAAAACAGAUAAACACAAAAAUGAAUUUCAAAUUUUAGGAAAUACUGACUUCGAAAAGAAAACUAAAAUCGAAAGAGUUCUACCAUACUGGCUUUCUCAUGCAUAUAGUGUAUCUAAAGACUUACAAACGUUAACAUGUUCUAUAGAAAAACAGAAGUGGCUUGAUAAUACUCUUAAGACUACAUUAAUGAAAGAAGGUUUAAAACAUUUGUUUCCUGUUCAAGAACAAGUCAUUCCUUUUAUAAUAAAUGAACAUAAACUACCAGAGCCCUUCAGACCUCAUGAUAUAUGUGUCUCUGCUCCAACGGGUAGUGGGAAAACCCUAUCAUUUGUUUUACCAAUAAUCCAAGUUUUAAUGAAUCAACUUGGUCAUCAUAUAAGAGCUUUAGUUGUAUUACCUGUGCAAGAACUUGCAGCCCAAGUAGCUAAAGUCUUUAAAAAAUAUAGUACUAAUACUGGACUGAGAGUGGCUCUAUUAAGUGGAUCUACCCCUUUACAUAAAGAGCAACAACAAAUAAUGAGAUAUACCGAAACAUUAGGAUGGAUUAGUGAAACUGAUAUUAUAGUAUGCACGGCUGGCAGAUUAGUGGAACAUUUACAAAACACUGAAGGAUUUUCAUUAAAACAUUUAAAGUUUCUUGUUAUUGAUGAAGCAGAUAGAAUUAUGGAUAAUGUUCAAAAUGAUUGGCUUUAUCACAUGGAUAAGCAUAUUAAAAUAGAAAGUGAUAUUUCCAAUAAAAUCCCCCAUUUAAAUUGGAACAAUAUAACUUCACCAAAAUCAUCAAUACAUAAGCUUUUAUUUUCUGCAACACUGUCUCCAGAUCCUGAAUUAUUGGAACAAUGGGGGUUGUAUCAGCCAAAACUUUUCUCGUCCGCUCCAAUAAAUGAUUUUACAGAUGAGAAUACCAUUAAAAAAUAUACAACACCAGAUGAAUUAGAAGAACAGUACAUCAUCUGUACAGCCGAAGAAAAACCACUAAUUUUGUAUCAUUUCCUUUUGAACCAAAAAUGGGACAAAACUUUAUGUUUUACAAAUUCUUCACAGUCGGCACAUAGAUUAACUGUUCUUUUAGAUAUUUGGGGUAAAGGAAAUCUAAAAGUGGCAGAGUUAUCAGCGGCAUUAGACAGGACGCACAGAGAACAAGUUUUAAAAAAAUUCAAACAAUCUGAAAUUGAUGUGAUUAUCAGUACUGAUGCUUUAGCUCGAGGGAUAGACAUUCCAGACUGUAAUUAUGUUAUAUCAUAUGACCCUCCAAGAAAUAUUAAGACUUAUGUGCAUAGAAUAGGCCGUACAGGACGUGCUGGACGCAAAGGAAAUGCUUGUACUAUUUUACUUCACAAUCAAUUGCAUAUGUUUAAGGAAAUUUUGCAAUCUGGAGGAAAAAAUGAAAUCCCCAAAUUGGAGGUAAAUAAAGAAAUUUUAAACCAACUUUUCGAAGGCUACGAAAAUGCUAUUCGAGACACGAAGCAAUCAAUUAACAAUGAAAUUUCAUCAAAAGUAAAGAAAUCCAUCGAAUUGAAAAGAGCAGCUAAACCUAAGUCACGCAAAAGGAAACAUAAUGAAAAUAAAAUAACGAAUGUGUGACUAGGAUAAUCUAUAAAUUUAUUGAUGCAUAUAA